AUGACGUCGAAUGCUGCCGAGACGAUGAACAGUAGACUUUUGUGGGCACGACGACUCCCGGUUGCUUCAUUGAUCAAGACCUAUCGAGCCAUUAUAGAGAAAUGGUUCGAUAGGCGACGCAUCUCGGCUGCAUCGAGGUCACAUGAGUUGACUGAGGUAGUAGAGGGAAAGUUGCAUGUGGCUGUCGAAGCGGGUCGACAAUUGGCUGUUCGAGGGACGACGACGCACAUGUUUAGUGUUGAGGAUGAUCAUGCAUUCUACAUUGUCGAUCUCGAGAAUCGGACUUGUAGUUGUGCUCAGUUCGACCUGGAUGACAUUCCGUGUCGUCAUGCUUGUGCCGCUAUUAGGCGUGCAGGACUGCAAGUCACGGAUUUUGUUGGAGGAUAUUUCAAACAAUCCGUGCUGUUGGCCACAUAUAUGGAGCGUAUUGUUCCCGUUCCACAUCCUACGUAUUGGAAUGUGCCCGAUGAGAUAUCAGCCUAUGUUGUGAAACCCCCGGAUAUCACGGUCCAUGCGGGACGACCGAAGUUGAGUAGGGCUCGUUCAGCAGUUGAGGGUCCUCCUAAUUCGGGUACUCCUAAUUCUCGACCUCAAGUAUGCUCACGUUGCAAGGGUGGAGGUCACAAUGCCCAGAGAUGCAAAGCGCAAGUGGGACCAUUGGACUUGAACGUGCCGGUGGAGGGUGUCGAGCAACCACCCGAUGCACGAAGGCGACGAAAGAAGAAAUGCGGAAUUUGUAGGAGUGGAACACACACUAGGAAUGCAUGUCCUCAAAAUGUUGGGUUGUGA